UAAGCGACGCAUCGUGUCACUCUGCUACAACUGUUAAUAACUUCAAGACCAAGCUGACCAAGAUCCUUUUAAGCGUGUAGCAAAAAUGCAGUUACACAUUAGAGGAGAGCGCACGACUGUGAUUGAAUCACACGAGAAUGAUACCAUUGCAGAUUUAAAGAAACAAAUUGUGGAAAUAAAAGGUGCUGCAAAUAUAGAUUUUAAUCUAUAUUGUUCUGGUUUUUUAUUACAAAAUGAUAGUUUAGUUAGAGAUCUUACAUCAAAUGUUUUAGAGUUAACAGUUUCUCUUCCUGGUGGUAAAGUACAUGGAUCUUUAGCUCGAGCUGGAAAAGUGAAGGCUCAAACGCCGAAGGUAGAAAAGCAAGAAAAAAGUAAAAAAAAAACUGGCCGAGCUAAGAGACGGAUUCAGUAUAACCGAAGAUUUGUUAAUGUUGUACAAACUUAUAGUCGUCGUCGAGGACCGAAUGCUAACUCAAAUUCAUAAUUGUAUCUAUAUGUAUACAUUUCAUGGUUAUGAAAAUAAAAUAAAAAAUUAAAUAUAA